AUGAUUGUUAUGACCGUUGAGUACAAGCCGCCCCAUAAGCUAUCUGUUGAGAAUCUUCGAGCAGGUUUGCGACCAAUGCGGUUCUGGAAUGAGGUGGUCAGACCGGGCUCCGUUCCCACGGAGGGCCCUGAAAAACUGAGAUAUAAUGCAGCCCGGCUAACCGGCUCGGCUGUGGUUCAGGAGUAUCAUGUCAUGCUUGAGGAAGGGCUCGAGUACUCAUAUCUGACUAAUGGAAUUGCAUUGGUUUUGCUGUGGGUCCCGUAUGAUAAUCCAGGCACCUUAUACUACUAUCUCUGUGAACCCAACAUGGAAGUUAACCUGGAUGAUGAACUGAAUUCUCUACAACAGCCGCUAACAGCCGUUGCUCGGGUAUUGUGCUUAUGCCUCAUGAGUUUCCGCUCACAAUAUCAUGACCAGGAGUGGCGGAAUGCCACAAAGAAGCUGCCAGAGUGGAAGACAAGUUUUGAUCAUACACGUUCCCAGAUCCCUGAAUCGGAAUUGCAACAAUGCCCGCCAGACUCAGAAUAUACGACAUCGGAGUAUACGAGCUCUGAACAUACUACAUCAGAAUAUGUACCGUCUUCAUCUCCUGCUCCAUCCCCCGCUAACGCCCGUCGAAUACUCACCCGGUCUCGAGCUAGCUGCGCUUCGCCAAACCUGACACCACGUGAUGAUUCUGAUUCUGACGCAGAUCAAGCUCCAGGAGGACGGAAGCGUGGUUUCAGUCAGGCUACAUCAUCUCCUUCAUCUCCUUCUUCUCCAUCUGUUCAACGAUCAGCACGUCUGGCGGGAUCUCGAUAUACUGCGAGCGGCAGCCAAGGUCAGCAGCAUACCGCACAGUUUUGCACCCAGAAAUGUCUACGCGGCCUGCAGCAAGGUGGUCAGCUGGAUGAUAAUUGCCCGAAUGUCAUGCUCCAUCAACGGGGAGAAAACAGCAGCCAACACCCCUUCGAUGCUAAAACACUGACCCAGCAACUCAAACAACAACUAGAUGAAAAUAUCGACCGAGACUGCACACCUCUGGGGGGUUGUGGCGCAUCGGGAGUCCCAUUCAAAGUCACUUGUACGGCAUAUGGAUAUACUAUGGUCGGUAAAGGAACGACUUCCCGACGGUGGGACGAGGUCAAACGUGAGGAAGACGUAUACCGUGUACUCGACCAAGCACAGGGAUCUGCUGUUCCUGUUUUCCUGGGGCCAAUCGAUUUGGCCAAAUCCUACUUCGUACAUGGAGCUGGCGAGAUCUGCCACAUGCUCAUCAUGGCCUGGGGGGGUGAGCCCAUACAUAAGAUGAAGCGUGAUAAGACGAUUACACGUGAGAUUGCGAGGCCUGAGAAGGAGAUUUGCUCCCUGGGAGUCUUGCACCAGGACCUCCGGUCGGACAAUAUUCUGUGGAACGCGGAGCUCGGACGGGCCCUGAUCAUUGACUUUCAUUGCUCCAAACUAAAUUACCGACCCAUGAAAAGGCGGGCGAACUUACAUGGGAACCAUACAUGUGGAACAGAGGCGCGUGAGCAAAAGCGACCUCGUGCAGUAUAUGAAUGA